CUUGCAACUCGUAUCCAGACUGCCGGAUCACCGCGGGGCCCGCGGGCUGCACACCGCGGAUGCCGGGAUGAUCCUUAUUCCCAAUGUAUGACUCUCUUUCUCUUCAAUCUGACUUGGUAGUGCAAACCUUCAAACUUUGUUUUUUUGUCAUAUACAUCCCAGACCGACCUUGGAUUUUAUUUAAUUGUCCUGUCCAUCAUGUCUCAUAAUCACGACCCAAACACCAAAUCUCGUAGAGGAUCAAUUCGCGAGAAGCUCAAGAUGGGUAGCACAAAGAGCCCGGUCAAGAAUUUGGGCGAUGAGGAUGAUGGAGAGCUCAAGCUUGUCCCCAUACCGCAGCCCUCCAAGGCCCCUUUUGUCGGCAACCUUCCGGAUCUUGACGUCAAGUUCCCGCUCGACUCUAUGAUCAACUUGGCCAACAAGUAUGGUUCAAUCUUCAAGUUGGACUUGCCUGGCCUGGAAUUAGUCACUGUGUCGGACUGGGACCUUGUCCACGAAGUCUGCGAUGAUUCUCGAUUUAAAAAGUCCAUCAAGGGAGAUUUGGAGGAAUUAAGAAAUGCGGUCCACGAUGGACUUUUUACAUCCUCUGGAGAAGAUGAAGAGAAUUGGGGCAUCGCACAUCGGGUCCUCAUGAAGGCUUUUGGACCCUUGUCGAUCAGGAACAUGUUUGACGAGAUGCACGAGGUCGCCAGCCAAAUGGCCUUGAAGUGGGCGCGGCAGGGCCCCCACGAGCCCUUGGACGUCAGCGGCGACACGACGCGCCUCGCCCUCGACACGGUGGCCCUCUGCUCCAUGGGGUUCCGCUUCAACUCGUACUACCGCCAGGACCUGCAUCCGUUCAUAAGGGCCAUGAACGAGGUCUUGGACGAGGCCGGUCGGAGGGCGAACCGCUUCAUGCCGUCUGUGUUUUACCACUCGCACAACAAAAAGUUUAGAGAAAACAUCAAGCUCCUUCGCACAACAGCCCGAGAGGUUUUGGACGCGAGAAAGACGGAACAGGGCCCGAACAAGAGAAAGGACCUGCUCACUGCCAUGCUGGACGGGGUAGAUCCAAAAACCGGCAAAAAGAUGACCGACGAGAGUAUCAUCGACAACCUCAUAACGUUUUUGGUGGCGGGCCACGAAACCACAGCUGCAACUCUUUCCUUUACGUUGUACAACUUGGCCAAAUACCCAGAGGCCUCUCGCAAAGCCCAAAAGGAGGUUGACGAGGUUGUAGGAAAGGGUGCUGUUAAGCUGGAACACGUGCAGAAGCUCAAAUAUGUGUCUGCACUCAUCCGGGAAACUUUGCGACUUAAUGCACCCAUCACCGCCUUUGCAAGGGAGGCGAUCGGCGACCAGGUGAUAGGAGGCAAAUACCUACUCAAGGACCAGACGCAGAUCGCAUGUUUCCUGACAAAAUCCCAAAGCGAUCCCGUCAUAUGGGGCGCUGACGCCGCCGAGUUCAAGCCCGAGAGGAUGCUGGACGACAACUUCGACCGCAUGCAAAAGAAAUACCCCCACUGCUGGGCGCCGUUCGGCACGGGCUUGCGCGGAUGCAUCGGGCGGCCGUUUGCGUGGCAGGAGAUGGUGCUAUGCUUGGCCGUCCUUUUGCAGAAUUACAACUUUGUCAUGUAUAAUCCGUCCUACACCCUGCAGCUCUCGCAGUCUCUCACCAUCAGACCCAAGGACCUCCACCUCAGGGCCAUCUCCCGCGAGGGACUCACGCCGGCGCAGUUGGAGGCGCGCUUGGCUGGAGGGUAUACGAAUGACACGCAGGAUGGCUCCUCUCCUGUGGAGGCGGUAGCGUCGGAGCAGCCCGCAGGAGAAUCCAAGGGUGACGGCAAGAUUGCCAUCUACUACGGUUCCAAUUCGGGGACUUGCGAGUUCAUGGCGCAGAGGCUGGCGUCGGAUGCAGGCUCGCAUGGGUAUACUGCUUCGGUGGACACGCUUGACGCUGCCAAGGAAGCGAUGCCAACUGGUGUUCCAAUCGUCAUCAUAACGGCGUCGUACGAGGGCCAGCCGACGCAGAAUGCGUGCCAUUUUAUGAACUGGAUCCAGAAUUUGGACGAAGGGAAGCUGAAGGGUGUCAAGUAUGCUGUUUGGGGUUGUGGCCAUAGUGACUGGGCCGAUACAUACCAAAAGGUCCCAGUGCAGAUAGACACGACGCUCGACAAGCUGGGCGCGUCUCGCAUCCUCCCCAUCGGCACCACCAACGCCAAGGACCGCGACAUGUUUUCCGAUUUUGAGACGUGGGAGGACCAAGAGCUGUGGCCGGCCAUCAGGGACCAAUUCGGCGGGUCCGAGAUGACCUCGGCAGCUCCCAGCGUAGAGGUAACCUUUUCUACACCCCGGGCCUCGGACCUGCGGCAGGACGUCCGCGAGUCGCUUGUCGUCCACGCCAGAAGACUGUCCAAGGCUGGGGGAGAUGCCACGGCAAGGGAAAAACGUCACCUCGAGAUCCAGCUCCCCACGGGCUGGUCCUACACGGCCGGCGAUUAUCUGGCCGUGCUGCCGCAUAACCCGAGGGAGAGCGUGGCGCGCAUCAUGCGCCGCUUCAACCUGGCCUGGGACACGUACAUGACCAUCAAGGGGGCGCAGGCUACGUCGCUGCCGAUCGGUGUCAGCUUUCCGGUUUCCGAGGUGUUGAGUUCGUACGUUGAGAUUGGACAGACGGCUACGAAGCGGAACAUUGCCGACCUUGGCCAGUUUGCAAACGACGACGAGACGAAGCAACAGAUCUUGCAACUGAGCAAGGACGGUUUUGACAGUGAGGUCCGCGCAAAAUCCCUUUCUGUGAUUGGGAUUCUUGAAAGGUUCCCAUCUCUGCUCGUCCCAUUCGAGACCUAUUUGUUUAUGCUCCCACCUAUGCGCGUACGCCAAUACUCAAUAUCCUCCUCCCCACUAGCCGACAAGGGCAAGCUCACCCUGACAUACUCGGUCCUCGACGUCCCGGCCCAUUCGGGCAUCGGCCGCCACGUCGGCGUCGCCUCCUCCUACCUCUCAUCCCUUAUGCCUGGCGACAAGCUGCAGGCGUCGGUGCGGCCCGCAGCAGGCAGCUUCCACCUACCGUCCGACCCUCUCAGCACGCCCAUGAUUUGCAUCGCGGCGGGAACAGGCCUGGCGCCCUUCCGCGCCUUCAUCCAGGAGCGCGCCAUCCUCCUGCAAACCAGCAGCGGCAGGCAAACACCGCCAGCACCCGCCCUGCUCUUCUACGGCUGCCGCGAUCCGGACGAGGACGACCUGUACCGUGACGAGUUUGACGCCUGGGAGGCGGCCGGCGCCGUGACGGUCUACCGUGCCUUCAGCCGGCGGACGGAGGCGUCUGAGGGUUGCAGGUACGUGCAGGACAGACUGUGGCGGGAGAGGGAGGCGGUCGGGGAGCUGUGGCGCCGGGACGCGAGGGUGUACAUUUGCGGGGCCGGGAGGAUGGCGAGCGGUGUCAAGGAGGCGCUGGUGAAGAUCAUGCAGAGCGAGGCGGAGAGGAUCGGGAAGCCCAUCUCGUCCGAGGAGGGCAUGGCGUGGUUCGACAAGCAUCGGAAUGAGCGGUUUGCUACGGAUGUUUUUGACUAGAGUUCUUUGAACACUGGUUCAUGGGUGAACUUUUUGAGCAAGCGAUGGAGCGAAUUUUUGAUGUGCUUAUGUUUUGUUCUUGGUUGUUAGUUUGGGGCUUGCGCCUCCUCCGCGUUGGUCUAUUUAUACAUCACUGA